GGUAGAAGGGUGGCGGCGAGAGGGAGUGUCCAUUUGGGGCCUUCUGAAAGAAAUGAAGACUUAAGAAAACAGCAAGGAGGGGCUGAUCCUUGUCUUUCAGACGCACCUGGAGCCCCACCCUGGAGCUGGAGGAAAAGCCCCUUGGUUGAGAGGCUGGAGCUUCAGAAUAACUGAGAAGAAAAGCGCCCGUCCGCGCGCUCCGCCUCCUCCGCCUCGCACUCCUGCCCAACAGCGGCCCAGCCCGCGUCCCGGCCGAGCCCUCCCUCCGGCCUCCCAGCGCCUGGACAGGCGACCUGUCCCCGAGUGCUCUCCAUGGCUGCAGCGCGACCCACCGGCCCCCGGAGCGCAGCGCUCUGCGGGCAGCUCCUUCUGACCCUCGCGAUCUUAACAUUUGCCAGCGAUGCCUGUAAAAACGUGACACUCCAUGUUCCCUUCAAAUUAGAUGCUCAGAAAUUUGUUGGGAGAGUUGACCUGAAGGAAUGCUUUAAGUCUGCAAAUCUAAUUCGUACAAGUGAUCCUGGUUUUCAAAUUUUAGAGGAUGGUUCAGUCUACACAACAAAGGCAAUUCUUUUGUCUUCAGAGGAGAGCAGUUUUACCAUUUUGCUUUCCAACGCAGAGAACCAAGAAGAGAAGAAAAUUUUUGUCCUUUUAGAGCAUCAAACAAAGGUACUAAAGAAAAGGCAUUCUAAAGACAAAGUUCUAAGACGUGCCAAGAGAAGAUGGGCUCCUAUUCCUUGUUCGAUGCUGGAGAAUUCCUUGGGUCCUUUCCCGCUUUUCCUUCAACAGGUUCAAUCUGACACAGCGCAAAACUACACUAUAUACUAUUCCAUACAAGGUCCUGGAGUUGAACAAGAACCUAAAAAUUUAUUCUAUGUGGAGAGAGAUACUGGAAACCUGUAUUGUACUGGCCCUGUAGAUCGUGAAAAGUAUGAAUCUUUUGAGAUAAUUGCCUUCGCCACAACUCCAGAUGGGUACACUCCAGAACGUCCAUUGCCUCUGCUGAUCAAAAUAGAGGAUGAAAAUGAUAACUACCCAAUUUUCACAGAAACAACUUACAUUUUUACGGUUUCUGAAAAUUGCAGAGUUGGUUCCACUGUGGGACAGGUGUGUGCGACUGAUAAGGAUGAGCCUGACACCAUGCACACACGCCUCAGGUAUUCCAUCCUUGAGCAGUUGCCAGCGUCCCCCACCCUGUUUUCUAUGCAUCCAAAGACAGGUGUGAUCACCACAACAUCAUCUCAGCUGGACAGAGAGUUAAUUAGUAAAUACCAAUUGAAAAUAAAAGUACAAGACAUGGACGGUCAAUAUUUCGGCUUGCAGUCAACUUCAACUUGUAUCAUUAAUAUUGAAGAUGUGAAUGACAACUUACCGAUGUUUACCCGUACUUCUUAUGUAGCAUCCGUGGAAGAAAAUACAGUUGAUGUGGAAAUCUUACGUGUUACUGUUGAGGAUAAAGAUUUAGUGAACACUGCUAAUUGGAGAGCUAAUUAUACCAUUUUAAAGGGCAAUGAAAAUGGGAAUUUUAAAAUUGUAACUGAUCCCAGAACCAAUGAAGGAGUUCUGUGUGUAGUUAAGCCACUGAAUUAUGAAGAAAAACAGCAAGUGACCCUACAGAUUGGCGUCGUUAAUGAGGCUCCAUAUUCCAGAGAGGUUAGUUCUAGAUCGGCCAUGAGCACAGCCACAGUCACUGUUAAUGUGCAAGAUCAGGAUGAGGGCCCUGAGUGUAGCCCUCGCACACAGACUGUUCAAAUUAAAGAAAAUGCUUCCGUGGGAACAAGAAGCCAGGGGUAUAAAGCAUAUAUCCCCGAGACAAGAAGCAGCAGCGGCAUAAGGUAUAAGAAAUUAAAUGAUCCAAAAGGGUGGGUCACUGUGGAUGAAAAUUCAGGAUCAAUCCAAGUUUUCAGAAGCCUAGACAGAGAGUCCGAGUCUGUUAAAAAUGGCAUAUAUAAUGUUACAGUCCUUGCAUCAGACCAAGCUGGGCGAACAUGUACUGGGACGCUGGGAAUUAUCCUGGAAGAUGUGAACGAUAACAGCCCAUUCAUUCCUAAACAGACGGUGGUGAUCUGCAAACCCGUCAUGGCAGCCGCGGACAUCGUUGCCAUUGACCCUGAUGAACCUAGACACGGCCCACCCUUUGACUUCACUUUGGAGAGUUCUGACUCAGAAACACAGAGGAUGUGGAGACUGGGAAAAAUUAACGAUACAGCAACACGUCUUUCCUUUCUGAACGAUCCUCCAUUUGGACAAUACAUUGUACCUAUCAGGGUUGCAGAUAGACUUGGCCGAUCUAGAACUAAUUCAUUGACUGUUAGGUUAUGUGACUGUGUUACCGAAAAUGACUGCACCUUCCGUGCAGAUCCACGGGUUGGCGGAGGAGAAGUAAAACUUGGCAAAUGGGCUAUCCUUGCAAUAUUGUUGGGCAUAGCAUUGCUAUUUUGUAUCCUAUUUACAUUAGUCUGUGGGGCUUCUAGGGUCCCCAAAAAAACAAAUGUAUUUCCUGAUGAUUUAGCCCAGCAGAACCUAAUUGUGUCAAACACAGAAGCCCCUGGAGAUGAUAAAGUGUAUUCCACGAAUGGCUUCACAACACAUACCGUGGGCACCUUUGCUCAGGGAAUUUGUGGUACCACAGGAUCAGGAGUCAAGAAUGGAGGGCAGGAAACCAUCGAACUGGUGAAAGGAGGGCAGCAGACCUUGGAGCCCUGCCAGGGAGCUGGGCACCAGCAGACCCUGGAUUCCCGGAGGGGAGGACGCGUGGAGAUGGACAACUGCAGAUACACCUACUCCGAGUGGCACAGUUUCACUCAGCCCCGUCUUGGUGAAAAGGUGCAUCUGUGUAAUCAAGAUGACAGUCACAAGCACGCUCAAGACUAUGUCCUGACGUACAGCUACGAAGGGAAAGGGUCAGCGGCUGGCUCUGUUGGCUGUUGCAGUGAAGGACAAGAGGAAGAUGGCCUUGAAUUUUUGGAUCAUUUGGAACCCAAAUUUAGGACCCUCGCAGAAGCAUGCCUAAAAAGAUGAGUGUGUUCUGAAAAGUCUACAAAAGACAGUGGCUUUAUCAUCUUUUCUUUUUGUAAUUACAAACCAGGAUUUCUUAAAAAACAGAAGAUGCUACAUUUGGGGUUUCUCCCUUUAUUUUCAUGAAAUGUUUUUGGCCAAAGGUACAUUUACAGAGACAUGCUGUAAAUAAGCACACAAAUUUUUUAAUUUUACCUAGUUUUUAAUUACUUGUCUUCCGCUCAAGGAGAUCCAUAAAUGGAAAAGUUAAGAAAGUCUGUAUUAUUGGUUACAUUUGGGUAUAAUAAUAACAGCCGAUUUGCAGUGCAAUCAAAUGUAAUCCAUUCAAGUCUGUAUUGUAGACUACUUAAGGUACAAGCUAAUAGGCAAUUGUAGAGACCUAGCUUUGACAUUAUCUCCAGUUAGCGAAUUAAUUAAUUGUGUGGUGCUUGAAGACUACUGUUGUCCUAGAUAGUCUGAAGUAUAUAUACGGCAUUCUUGGUAUUAUUUUAUUCUUGUAACACAACUUUUCUUUGUUAUGCAAGGGAAAUUUCUACCCAGGUGUUGAAUGUUAUUACAAGUUUUGGUGGAGUUUAGUUUUAGGUUUUAUUCUGUAUCAAAUGCUGCAUUGAUUCUCCAUUUCCGUUGUUAUCUACUUGGUGAGUAAAAUUUAACUUUAAAAAUUCUUUCAGAAUGUAUUCUUACUCCUGCAGGUUUUUUCUUUGAAAUGCCAGUUGUCUGUCUGUCUCUCUCUCUCCCACUCCCUCUCUCCCUUCUCUGUCUUCCCUCCCUGUCUUUAAAAUUUCCACUUGGGUUGGAGAAUUCAGGUAUUUUUUAAAACUGUUGCUUUUCUCUUAUAAAGUGAAUAAUUCCUUUUUUAUUUUAUGUGUUUGUAAUCUCGUUUUUUCUUAAAAUGAAUGUAGUGUUAACUUCGUUGUUUCGAACAUCUUGGUGAUUGCUACAUUAUAUCCUCAACGAAGAACCUUUAAUUCUGCCUUUGAAACUGUAAAACUAUGUCAUGCUUUUAUUAGAAGCAACAUUCUAUGUUAACAAAAGGAAUAGUGCAAUUAGAAUUGGGAUGUGGAUUUUGGUACAUGGUAGCACAUUUACAGUUCCUAUUUUUAAUGCAAGGAUAUAGUUUAUAAUUGCAAAAUAGUGAUGGUUUUUUAAAUAAGCUUUGAAAUACAGGGAUCUUGAAAGCUCCCUGGGUCAACUAUUUUAUAUCUUUUUAGAUGAGAUGGUUAGUUAUAUCUAUGUGUUUGUAAAGUUAUUUUUUAAUAUUUUAAGAAUAUAAUUCUUAACAAAUGUAGAAAUGGGCCAAACUAUUUAAAUUUUAAAACUCUGAGGCAAAAUUAAACUUAAAUAGUCCACCAAAUUUCCCAAAUUAAACUUAAUAGCCCUCCAAAUUCCAGGCCAGUUUUCAUGGUUUAUUUCAGUCAUGGUUUAUUUAAUUCAUGUACUAAACAUAUGGACAUUUUAAGAGUGUUUCUAAUAUUUGUGAUUGUUAAUCAUCAGCCUGUCUUGAAUUCACAGAGUUGUCUUAUAACAAUUAUUUUUCAGGAUUAACAUUGGGCAAUUAUUUGAUAUCCAGCUUAUCUUUUCAAUUGUUCCAUUACCGCUUAGUCAAAAAUACAAUUUCCCAAAGUUAUUUUUAAUAAAUGAUGUACAUUUUUUUUUGUAUUUUACUAGUUAUGAUUAAGUAAAUUGAGCAUUUGGUAAAAAUUAGUAAGAGUUGGUUAAUCAUGGGUUUAAUGUGAGCUUAAGGGCUCAAUGCUUUGUGACUUUGAGAAGUGAGUCCCUUCAUUAGGAUCCUGUUGUACAUUUUUUGGAGUUUAAAUCUAGUUUGGAGAGAUGUUUGGUGCAUUGUUAUCAACACAUUUAUAUAAUAUUACUACUCUACGGAGUAUUAGUUAAGUUGCAUACUUUCUCUGUGUCUGUUUUCGUUAUCUUCAAAUUGGGGAUAAUAAUAGAACUCCUUUCUGAGGGUCGUUGUAAGAUGCUUGAAUAAUAAAAAAAAAAAAAAAAAUGGUUUUGAAGCAUGAAAGUCAUCCAGAGUGGUCCACCUGUAAGGUAGCCCUAAUAGUAAUAAAGAAUUUUAAGUCACAUGUACAACCCAUUUCAUGUUAACAAAAAGUCAACUAAGAAAAUAGGCUAAUGGAAAGAUAUUAGAAUGUCUCUUUACAUAAUGAUUUCCUGAUGACUGGGUCGGAUAUAUGCAGCUGUUUGGAAUGUAUUAGUGCAAAGUUUGCUGAAGCAUCCACACAGGAUCACCAAGUGUAAAAUGCAGAGAACCUUCAUAGUCAACCACCUCCCUACGUUUGCCACCUUCUUAUGUUGACCUAAUUUUUGUAGCCUGGACAGGCACUGCAUGUACUCAACGGAAGUUCCUUAUGUUGACCAGUUUUAUACAGUCCCAUGGCUGGUCCACUUGCAGAGGCUCUACUGUACUACCAAACUACCAGGUUCAGAUCGGAUGAGAAGCAGAACAUCUCCUUCUUAUAAUGGGCACUAAUUCUAAAGCCCCAUAAAAAUGAUAUAUGAUUCAAAUUCCUCCCAUCAGGCCCUUCCUCAGCUGCUCUCGACAUUGCCUGGCGGUUUAUGACUCUGACAGUUGCCAUAGUAACCCUACCUGCAAAGAUGGCGCAGUGAGAGUGCCUGAAGCCAGUCCCAUCUCCACCCUUAUACACAGUGGUAUUUGAGGAGUCACUUAAACUUUCUAUGCCUCGUUUCCUCACGUGUAGGACCUAUGCUGGAGAUAGUGGUGGAGUCUACUUGAUAGGACUGUUGUUAAAGUUAAGUGUUAGUUAAUGAAAAGAGUUGGCCCGGAGUUAGCACUCACCUGCUAUGUGAAGAGGGGACACCUGAACUAGAGAUAAUCACAGCUUCGGAUUGCUUGACAGUUGCCAUCUUGCUGUGAUGCUCCUAUUCAUCUUUCCUGGAAGCUGGACCAGCAAUUCACCUGUGAUGGUCUUUGGGAACUUUGUGGCUUAUAAUGGUUUCCAGGUCUUUCAUUCUUGGUAUUCAGAAAGCCACAUCUUACUUCCUCAUCCAUAGCCUAGCAAUCAGUGUGAUAAUGACGUUAAGACUUAAUCAACUUAAUUGAAAAGGCACGUAAACUUCUUAGCCACAUUUUGCCUCUUUAAGGAUUUCCGCCUUGAAAUCGGUGGUGCUUCUUCAGGAAGAGGAAGGCAACAGAGCUCUGCUAUUAGUUCACUGCAGUUUGCUUCUGAGGGCUCCCUGUAAUCGUUUGGUGCUUUCUUGUUUGUUUGAUUCCCAUCUUAAGACUGGUUUUGAUCUUGGAUCCUAGUUCUGCUGCACACUCAGGCUUUUGACUAUAGGCUGCCCUUUAGUCUGUCACCGUCUCUUUUCGGGGGCUCCAGAUGGAGGUAUUGACAACCCUUUAGUGCCAUCCUGAAAAUAAAAUGCUUUCUCUUCUA